UCUUUCCGGCGCCCUCGUUAACCGCAGCGCGUCCGGUGUUUACGUGCUGGGGUCACGCACAAGUGACGCUCAUCAAUAAUAAUCUGCGGCAGCGUCCAGAUAUUAACGGAAGAGACAGAGAGAAGGGAGAGAGAGAGAAUUGACCGAUUCCCCGGGAAGAAACCAUCCCGGCGGGCAGCGAGGAGGAGCGGCCGGAGGAGAGGACCGAUCCUCCGCAUCUUCUCAGCUCGUCUUCACAGACAGACAGGUAGUCAUGCAGACAGACAGGUGUCCACCUAACGUGACUGAGGCUAAUCAGCUUUAAGCAGCAGCUCCAUCAGAUGACGACGGUCCCUCCGCCCAUGGCCUCCUCCAGGUGACCUCCAGUGACCUCAGUCACUCCUGACUGUAAUCCCUGAUCCAUCAGCAGACGAGGGCGUCGGCCUCGAUGCAUCACGCCGACCGCGGAGAUGAGAGCUCUGAUUUUUGUGCUCAUUUAAGGCCACAGAUGAACACACACACACACACACACACACACACACACACACACACGGUUCAUGCACCAGUUCGCCUCUCUCUGCAGUCAAACGUUGCCAGUGGUCAAAGCUCAGUAUCACACUCUUACUGUCCCUAAUCCUGUUUGUCAUUCCAUCGAUUAAAUUAGCUUCUAAUUUAAAUUAAAUUAUAUCCUGGUUCCUUUUUGGCCUAAAUCUUUAAUUACUCAAAUCAAAGAAACAACAGAUAUGGAUUCAUAGUUGUGGGAAAAAUGGUUUGAAUGAAUAGCACGUAUCAAAUAUGUGUUAUUCAUCAUUUUGGCCUAAACAUUCAUUUACCCAAUCAUCCAUCUGGACACACAUUCCUCUCUACAUUCUCUCCUCCGAUGUCGCCCCCCCCCCCCCCUCACUCCCUCUCAUCCUCUUGUUAGAGCUGCUGAAUUAUUUAGCAUCAGGCGGUGGGCUCGGCUGCAGAGCCCGGGGGUGGGGUGUGUGGGGUGGGGGAUGCAGAGCGGAGAGCUAGAGAGGAGAGGAGAGGAAAAAGGAGAAGAGGGGAGGAGGUACAGACGGAGAGGAAGUACGGAGGUGUCCGAUGCUGCAGGAAGCCGUGAGUCAGCAGAGAGAGAGAGAGAGAUGUUUUUUUUUUAAGCGAUACGAUACGGAGACGUCGGCGGCGUCAAAUGCCCCCCGGCACGUUUGUGUGCGUGCGCGGCGCAUCCAUCGAGCGCAGAAGGUCGCGGAGCCGAGGAGGAGAUUGGCGACACCAGACUCGGGAGGUGUCGGCGCGAACGCCUCUCGCCCGAACGGCAGCUAGACAUAAAAGGGAAUAGGCAGAAAGAGAAGAAGGAAGGGAGAGAGAGAGAGAGACGAGGCAGAGGACGAGAGGAGCCGUUACAGUAAUGGGGGAGAGCUACAUGUACCGGCGACUCCCCUUCACCAGAGCAGGGGAGGAGGAGGAGGAGGGGGAGGACGAAGAGGAGAGCGACGGGAGGGGGAUCAGGGAAAGUGUCGGCAGGCAAACGAUGCAGUGUGAGGAGGGCACCGAGUGGCUGCUGGAGCUGCUGACGGACGUGCAGCUGCAGCAGUACUGCGUGCGGAUCCGCGACGAGCUCAACGUCACGCGACUCUCGCACUUCGACUACGUCAAGAACGAGGACCUGGAGAAGAUCGGCAUGGGCCGGCCAGGCCAGCGGCGGCUGUGGGAGGCAGUGAAGAGGAGGAGGGCCCUUUACAAACGCAAGUCCUGGAUGAGCAAGGUGUUUCCUGUGAAGCGCUCCGACGCCGACCCCCAGCAGCCCCUCCCCCAGGGGGCGGCGGCGUCGUCGUCGUCCAUCAGCCAGGCCCUGGACGGCGGCGGCGGCGGCAGCGAGUCGGCCGCCUCCCUCACCUGCCUGAUCCGGGAGACGGAGCUGCAGCUGUUCGAGAGGCUGGGCGACGGCACGUUCGGCGUGGUGCGCAGAGGAGAGUGGACCGGGCCCAACGGCAGAGUGCUGUCGGUGGCCGUGAAGUGUCUGAAAGCCGGCGUGUUGGACUCGGACGGUCUGGACGACUUCAUCAGAGAGGUGAACGCCAUGCACUCGCUGAGCCACCAGAACCUCAUCCGCCUGUACGGCAUCGUCCUCACGCAGCCCAUGAAGAUGGUGGCAGAGCUGGCUCCUCUGGGCUCGCUGCUGGAUCGUCUCAGAAAGCGUCAGGGCCACAUCCUCAUCUCCUCGCUGUGCAACUACGCCGUGCAGGUGGCGUGUGGCAUGGCCUACCUGGAGCAGAGGCGCUUCCUCCACAGGGACUUGGCCGCCCGCAACGUUCUCCUGUCCGCCAACGACACGGUGAAGAUCGGGGACUUCGGCCUGAUGAGGGCGCUGCCGACACACACCGACCAAUACGUCAUGGAGGAGGGUCACAAAAUCCCCUUCCCCUGGUGUGCUCCGGAGUCUCUGAAGUCGCGGACGUUCUCCCACGCGUCUGACACCUGGAUGUUCGGGGUCACCCUGUGGGAGAUGUUCACCCACGGACAGGAGCCGUGGCUGGGCCUCAACGGGAGCCAGAUCCUCCACAAGGUGGACGUGGAGGCCGAGCGGCUGUGCAAGCCGGACGACUGUCCUCAGGACGUGUACAACGUCAUGCUGCAGUGCUGGAGCCCCAAACCCGAGGACAGGCCGACCUUCGUCGCCCUCAGGGACUUCCUGCUCGAGACGAUGCCCACGGACAUGCGAGCCCUGCAGGACUUUGAGGAGGACGACAAGCUCCAGAUCAAGAUGAACGACGUCAUCACCAUCGUCGAGGGAAGGGCGGAGCACUACUGGUGGCGAGGGCAGAACAGGGGCACGCUGCGCGUCGGUCAGUUCCCCCGUCACGUGGUGACGUCGGUCGCCGGCCUGUCCGCCCACGACAUCAGUCGGCCGCUCAAGCACUCCUUCAUCCACACCGGACACGGAGACACGGACCCUCACAGGAGCUGGGGACACGCAGACCGAAUAGACAGUCUGUAUUUGGGAAACCCCAUGGACCCGCCCGACGUCCUGGGAAUGGACUCGGGCAUCGCGAGACCGACCAAACUCCCCAACCGCGCCAAGAAGCAACCUCCCCCUCGACCUCCUCAGCCGGCCGUUCUGCUGAAGAAGCCGUUCUACGACUCGGUGAUGGACGAUUACGACGACGACGACGCGGGCGCCGGCGCCGCUUCGUCGUCGGGCCUGAAGCGGCUGGGCGUGUCCCUGGGGCUGAAGCUCCGCCCGUGGGAGGGGCCCGGCGUGCGCUCGGCCAAGAGCGAGGUGUCGCUCAUCGACUUCGACGACGACAGCUUCAGCUCCACCACGCCCUCGCCGCUCACCGAGACGCGGCAGCCGGACGAGGACACGCUGAAGGACACUCCCUCCAUCCUGGACUGGCCGCUCCCUCAGCCGUCCUACGACGCGGUCGCCGUGGAGCUCGAGGACCAGUCCGAGGACCAGGAGGUGAAAUCUAUCAACAAGGGGCGGGGCGAGGAGAGCGCGGCCACGCCGCCGCUCGGCGCCGCCGUCAUGGGCCGGAGCGAGUCGCAGUCGGCCGACCUCUUCCAGGAGCUGCAGAGAGAGGUGGAGAAAGUGAUGGUGAAACUGCAGGUUCCCAUGGCGACAGGCCGCUCCCUCCCCUCCUCCCCCCUCCCGAUGCAGCUGGCACCUCUGGGCCCCCACCGGCAGAUCUACUUGCCUCCCCCCUCCCCCUGUUCCACCUUCACCACCUCCUUCGCCUCGUGCUUCGAGGACCGGCCCGUGCUGCCGCCCCGCAGCCCCGUCCCGCCGCUGCGCCCCUCCAAGCACAACCCCCCCGCCCGCACCACGCAGCCGCAGGUCCGCUCCAGCUCCAUAUCUCUGGCCGACGAGGAGGACACGCCCCCUCAGAUCCCACCGAGAGACCACGCCUUCUCCCAGCCGGGCUCCCGCUCCUCGUCUCCCCUCCCGCUGGUGCCGCCGCCCUCCUCCUCCUCCCUCGUGUCCCUCCCCCCUCCUCCCCUCUCCGUGUCCCCUCGCCGGACAUCGGGACUCCUCGGCUCCCUCCUGUCCUCAAACUCCUCUCCUCCUUCACGCCUCGCAGCCCCCGGCUCCUCCUCCUCUUACUCCUCCAGUUCCCUCCUGGAUCCUCUGUCCUUUCGUGACGGACGCGGCCUGUCGUCGUUGAUUGACAGCUCUCCUCCCGCCCCGCUGCCCGAGAGACCGGCUUUUCUGGAAAGAUAUGGAGCCGCCAACAUGGCAGCAGUGAAGCCCAUGAUGCAGCAGCAGCCCGGCGGCGGAGCCAAAACCAAUUCCUCGUACAACAACAACAACGGGCAAACUGCAGCUCCCAGCAUGCAACAGGAGCAGAGCGUCUCACAGGUGCAGGGAUCAGUGCAUGGUGUCACGCUGGAGGAGUGUAAGGCGGCGCUGCAGUGUCACAACUGGAGGAUCCCUCAGGCCAUAAACUAUUUGAAGGUGGAGCAGUUGUUUCGGUUGGGGCUGCGGUCCAGAGCCGAGUGCGAGGAGCUUCUGCAGCGCCGCCAGUGGAACCUGGAACAGGCCAGCACCGUCAUGCUGGACGCGUACGGACCCCAUCAAAACAGGAAGUGACACGGCCGCGCCGAGGUCACAAACCGACUGCCCACGAGCCCCCGACAUCAUUAAGAUCAACACGCCGAGGCGGAACUGCCUGGAUGACUCACCGCUCCGAGGACGCACGACAAAUAAUGAUGCUUUUUAAUGAAUGGAGGACUUUAUAAGUGCCUCACAUCAUCCACUGUGAAUACAUGCUAUUACCUGCGUCAUACACAUGCAUGCUCAUUAUUAGCUCAACAGAGCAGCUUGUCGAAUGAAUCAAACUAUUUACUUGAACUUGUUGCUAUUUAUGUUUUUUUUUUGUUACACGAAAUAACGAGAAUUUCGUUUUUUUUUCCCCGCCGAUGGCUACUAUUUUUUAGACGGUGCGAGGUGGGUGUGCAAGCAACGCCCGUGUCUAUUUCCGAAACGAUACGAAAUCAGGGAAGUGUCAGUUGACGAUAUAGUCGCGCUCGUGUGUGUUUUUGUGAAAAUGUACAGAUAAGAUGCUGUAAUUGUAUAUAGCACUUUACUGAGUGGAUAUUUUUGCGGACAUGUUCACUGCUGGUCAGGAGAUGAACAGUUUGACGGUAUUAGUGUUGAUCGAGCAUAUUUAGUAUUUUUAAUUUGUCAUUUGUGUCUUGAAGCUUUGUAGGCUUUAUAUAGAAGUGAUUCGGGGAGGAGUGAUUUUUUUAUGUCAAAUGAAAAAUCUUAUCGUUGGCAAUUAGAUGCCAAAAUCUCAAUGUGACAACAUCUAAGAUUUUAUGGAGAGAAAUUAGUCACAAAUGCGUACGAUGAUUUGUGCGUUACUACAUCACAAACUGAAUAAAUAUUAAUACUUCUUACGUGAAGAUUUUUAACUUAACCCUUCUGCGCUUUCAAACGGCUUCCUGUAAGUACAAACGUGAAAAAAAAUAUUUGUGACAUUCUUUGUAUGUGUUUACAGAUGCGUGGAUCAGCUGACAGACACGUGCGGGGUGUGGACUUUUGAGACUCUUGUCUCUGCAGUGAGCUGCGGCAGAGAUUCUCAAAACGUGAGGUGCGUUAAAGUGCUGGUGGAAAAAAAACGGGACCUCUGGGCUUUCCGGUGAAUUCGUGUGUAAUUUCAAAGUGGGGAACGACGCUUUCCGAAAUAGACAGAUGAGCUCGUCACCCCACGUUUACAACACAUUUAAAUAUGAAUACAUGGUAUAUUGCUUCGUAUUUUCACUUGUCGGUCACGUGAUGCACAUUUGUGACCAUCUUGAGACUAAUUUCUCUCCAUAAAAUGUCCUCAUGAGGACGUGGUAGCCGAGUUAAACGUCCCUCAAAUCAAGAUUAGAUAAGAUAAUCCUUUAUUCGGCCCACAAGUGGGACAUGUGGGAUAUUGAAUUAUAUAUUAAAUGUGAUGUAAAGAUGAAAACGACUGCUGUAUGAUAAUCACAGACGCAUGCUGAGGAUCUUAAGUGUCGAUCACGUGAAUGACGAGACAGCUGCUGUGUGUGUGUGUGCGCUCAGCCCCGUGGUCGUGUGUUUCGACGACGGACUUCAUAGUUUAAAGAUGUUGAGUGUGAACGUUCCCGCAGCUAAACUGAACAGGAAAUGAACAAGGAAGUGUCUGUUGUUGGCUUUUUGUCAGGCCGUCAGUCACAGAUCCAUCUCUUCUCUGUGACACUGACUAAAUUAUACAGAACAAUCAGAACAGCUUGUUAGUGUAAAAUGCAAAUACAUCCUUUAUUUAUGGUAAAUUGGAAUUUGAGUCCCUCUUUUUUAGAACUGCGGGUGCUUUGUGUUGUAAAUGUCUUGAACAACCGUGCGAUAUCGAAGUCAUCGCUCGUGCCCAUUUGAUCACAAAGGAGACAAAAACAAAUAAGUCAUGUUAUUUUUUAUUUCAUUAUUUAUUGCUUCUUUUAUUAAAAAUCCAGAGGAAAUUGCCAUUUGAUGAAGUUAUUUUCAGAUGAAACAGAACUGGAACGGUUGAAGUGUUGAUGAAGUGAAUUUAAAUUAAAAAUUAUCUUGCAAGUAAUAGCAACAAAGUUAUAGACACAAAGUCAAAAACUAAGUUGACAUGAAUGACAUACAGUAAAAAGUUGAUACAAAACUUUUUUAAACAAAACUUUUUUUAUACAUUUUUAUUUAAUUAUUUGAUGAAUGCAUUUCACAAAAACAUUUUUGGAGGAAUUUUAUGUUGUCGCGUUAUUUCAUUUGGAUUUUUCAGAUUGAUACGUUUUCUAUUUAUUUAGUCAUCACUUAAUUUAUUAUUUUAUUAUUUUUACGCUAUUCAGUUUUUGUCUUGUGGAAAAAAACAAAGAUAUUCACAACCACAUUUUGCUUCGAUCAAUUUGACAAAUAAAAGACUUCCUGAGUUCCUGA